AUGUCCGAGAACGAGAAGCACACCCCGGAGGAGGUUCCCGUGAAGGAGUCCUCGCUCCCCGCCCCCGCGGCUGCAGGAACCCCCCCCGCCGACGCGGAGCGCAAGCGCAACUAUGACGACAUGGGCCACAAGACGGAGGGCGACAAGCACGCCAAGGUGGACAUGAACACUAUCUCGUUCACCGCCGCCGACCUUUACGACAAGGACAAGGUCGACAUUGAGCACAUUGUCAUGGAGGAGGUUUUCCAGCUCCUCCAGUGCGAUGACAAGGGUCUCACCUCCGCCGAGGCCGAGAGCCGCAUUGCGAUUUUCGGCCCCAACAAGCUCGUCGAGAAGAAGCAGUCUGCCAUCCUCCAGUUCCUCUCGUUCAUGUGGAACCCCCUCUCGUGGGUCAUGGAGGGCGCUGCCCUUGUCGCCAUCGCUCUCUCGAACGGUGGUGGCACUCCUCCUGACUGGCCCGACUUCGUCGGUAUCGUUCUUCUCCUCCUGAUUAACUCGACUAUUGGUUUCGUUGAGGAGCGCAACGCCGGUAACGCCGUCAAGGCGCUCAUGGAGUCUCUCGCCCCCAAGGCCAAGGUCAAGCGUGACGGUAACUGGAAGGAGAUCGACUCUGCCGACCUCGUCCCCGGUGACCUCAUCUCGUUCAAGCACGGUGACAUCUGCCCCGCCGACUGCCGUCUCACUGAGGCCAUUGAUGUUUCCAUGGACCAGGCUGCCCUUACCGGCGAGUCGCUCCCCGUCGGCAAGGAGGAGGGUGACGAGUGCUUCUCUGGCUCUACCUGCAAGCAGGGUGAGGUUGAGGGUAUUGUCAUCUCCACCGGUCCCAACACCUUCUUCGGCCGUGCCGCUACUCUUGUCGGCCAGGACAACGACCAGGUCGGUCACCUCCAGAUGGUUCUUGCUCGCAUCGGUUCGUUCUGCCUGUGCUCGAUUGGUCUCUUCAUCAUCCUCGAGAUCUGUGUCCAGUACGCCAAGUUCAGGUACCCGUACCGCCGCGGCCUCGACAACAUUCUUGUGCUCUUGAUCGGUGGUAUCCCCAUUGCGAUGCCUACCGUCCUGUCAGUCACCCUCGCUGUUGGCGCCCAGCAGCUCGCCAAGCACAAGGCCAUUGUUACCCGUAUCACUGCCAUUGAGGAGCUUGCUGGUGUCACCAUCCUCUGCUCGGACAAGACUGGUACCCUCACCACCAACAAGCUCACCAUCGACAAGGAGAACGUCAAGUGCUACUCGCACUGGGACGUUGAGGGUGUCUGCCUCCUCGCUGCCUACUGCUCGCGUACCGAGAACCAGGACGCCAUUGACGGCUGUGUUGUUGGCACUCUCACCGACCCCAAGCUUGCUCGUGAGGGCAUUGAGCUCCUUGACUUCAAGCCCUUCAACCCCGUCGACAAGCGCACUGAGAUUACCUACCGUGACAACAUGGACGGCGGCAAGCUCAAGCGCGCUACCAAGGGUAUGACUGGUACCAUCAUCGACCUCUGCUCGCGCAACAAGACCAGCGCCGUCGAGGACCAGCUCGAGGCCGACGUUGAGGAGUUCGCUCGCCGUGGUCUCCGUGCUCUCGCUGUCGCCUUCGAGGACGUCGUCGGGAACACCGCCGACUCGCCCGGCAACGGCUUCGAGCUCGUUGGUCUCCUCUCGAUCUUCGACCCCCCUCGCUCGGACACCAAGAAGACCAUUGACGACGCUCAGGCUCUCGGUGUUCAGGUUAAGAUGGUUACUGGUGACCAGCUCGCCAUUGCCAAGGAGACUGGCCGCCGUCUUGGUCUCGGUGACCACAUGUACCCCGCCAAGGUUCUCAAGGACGGCCCCGAGCCCGGUUCCAAGCACGCCAACCUCGACGAGAUGAUCAUGGACGCCGAUGGCUUCGCCGGUGUCUUCCCCGAGCACAAGUUCGAGAUUGUCAAGCGUAUCCAGGCUCUUGGCCACCUCUGCGCCAUGACUGGUGACGGUGCCAACGACGCCCCUGCUCUGUCGCGUGCCAACGUCGGUAUUGCCGUUGAGGGUGCCACCGACGCUGCCCGUGGCGCUGCCGACAUUGUCCUUACCGAGCCCGGUCUCUCCACCAUUGUUCACGCUAUCUACGGCUCUCGUGUCAUCUUCCAGCGUAUGCGCAACUACGCCGUCUACGCCUGCUCGGUUACCAUCCGUAUCGUUGUCGGCUUCGCUCUCAUGCUCUUCAUCUGGCGUUACGACUUCCCUCCGUUCAUGGUUCUUAUCAUUGCUAUCCUCAACGACGGUACCAUUAUGACUCUCUCCCUCGACCGUGUCCUUCCCUCGACCACCCCCGACUCGUGGGACCUUGUUGAGGUCUUCUCGUACGGCAUUGCUUACGGUCUCUACCUCGCGGUCUCGACCAUUGCCCUCUACGCUAUCAUGCACGAGACCACCUUCUUCGAGGACAAGUUCGGUGUCCCUCCCUACAAGGGCAACGACCCCCACGCUCACAUGACCAUCUACCUCCAGGUCGCCAUCAUCUCGCAGGCUCUCAUCUUCGUCACCCGUUCGCACGGCCCCUCAUGGACUGAGCGUCCUUCGGUUGCCCUCAUGGUCGCUUUCUGCAUUGCUCAGCUCAUCGCGACCAUCAUCGCUGUCUACGGCAACUGGGGCUUCACCCACGUCAAGGGUGUUACGGGCGGCUGGAUCGGCAUUGUCUGGGUCUGGAACAUCAUCUGGUACAUUCCUCUCGACCUCAUCAAGUUCAUCAUGCAGAGGACCGUCAUCGCCGCCCUCCAGCGCCGCAAGCACCGCUCUGCCGAGCCCGCCGUCGACGAGAACGGCGAGCGCCUUGUCCGCUCGGCCUCGCGCCACGAGUCGCUCUACUCGAACCGCACUUCGUUCCUCGGCCGUGCCGGGCGCGCCCUCAAGGGUGGUGCCAAGGUCCACAUGUCGAAGAACGAGCUCGGCCGCUUCGGGUCGAUCCAGGCCCAGCAGUCGGGUGCUGCGCUUGCUCGCGCUUCCUCGCGCCACUAA